AUGUCGCCUCCGGAGCCAGCACCUGCCGAGGCCGCGCCGCCCACCGAGGCCGCGCCGCUGACUAAAAAACAGCAAAAAGCCGAAGCCUACAAACAAAAACGAAAAGAGCAGCAAAAGGAGCGGCAAAAGGAGAAGCGCGCGGCGGCCAAGGCGUCCAAGGCCGCCGACGCGGCGGCGGCGGCGGCGCCGAGGUCGCCGCGGACGGCGCCCACGGACGAGGCCAUCGACGCCGCCAUCCUCGCGGCGCUCGCGCUCGACGACGACGGCGGCGACGCGGCGCCGCCGCCGAAACCCGACAAGAAGAAGAAGGCGCCGAAGAAGCCGAGCGACGAACCGCAGCCGCCGCGCGAGGAGAAGAAGAAGAAGGCGCCGAAGAAGAAGAAGGACGACGUGCUCGCGCGCGUCGCGGACAACAUCGCGACCUUCAAGACCGAGGCCGAGGCGCCGCCGCCGCCGGCCCCGCCGGCCCCGGCGCCGCCGCCGCCGGCGCCGCGGCCCGAGGAGCGGCUCAAGGGCAUGGCGCCGCGCGUCGUGUCGCUGACGCCCGCGGACCCCGAGGAGGAGGCGCGGAAGAAGCUCGAGGCCGCGCUCGCGUCCGUCGGCGCCGGGCCGGCGCCCGAGGCCAAGGAGGACGCGCCGGAGUGGACCGACGACGAGCAGCAGCGCCUCGACGGCGCGCUCGCGGAGGUGCCCGCGGACCUGCCGAAGAAGGAGCGAUGGAAGCGCAUCGCCGCGCUCGUCGGCAAGGCGCCGUCGGAGUGCGCGAAGCGGUACCUCGAGGUCCGGCGCGCGCUCCUCCGCCAGCAGGACUCGGAGAUCCCGGACAUCUGGGUGCGGACGCGGCGGCGCGGCCUCUUCGGGCUGGCGGUGGUCGCGGCCGCGGCCGUGGCGGCCUGGGCGGGCCGGGGCACGAGCCGCGUCGUGCGGCCCUUCGAGUUCGAGGAAGACGACGAGCACGUCUUCGGGCUGGCGAACGCGUCGGCGAGCCGGCUCGGCAACGCGACGGUGAGCGGCCUGCGGGACGACGACACGGACGUCGACGGCCUCUGCCUCGACUACUGCCCGAACACGACGUCCGCGAACGACGCCGCGUGCCGUCUCUGCGACCUCCAAAAGGUCGUGCGGUUCCACAACGAGUACGAGGACGCGUCGGGCAUCCCCAUCGGCGAGGGCUACUAUCCGUACAUGUACCUCGUGGAGAUGUGGAAGCCGACGACGGCGGAGCUCAACGCCUUCGAGCUCGGCGACGAGGCCGUGAGCCGCGUGCGCCGCGUCGACUGGUCCGGCGACGACGUCGGCCACGCGGUCGGCAGCCGCGUGACCAUGAUCUUCGAGACCCACGGCACGCGCAACGUCACCGUGUCCAUGCGCGUCGCGACGACGCGGGGCGAGGAGCUCGGGUUCCACGUGGAGCUCGCGGUCACGGUCCGCUACGUGCGCCACGAGAUCAGAUCGCUGUCCGUGGACGACCGGUCGCGGUUUCUCGACGCCCUGUCCGCGGUCUACGCCACGGGCGACGACCUGGGCAAGAGCGUCUACGGCGACAAGUUCCGCAGCUCCCACUACCUCGUCCGGAAGCACCUGUUGGGCGGCGGCGGCAAGGAGUGCGACCACUGGCACGACGACGCGGGCAUCGUCACGCACCACAUCGCCUUCACGCUGGAAUUGGAGCAGUCGCUCCAGUCCGUCGACGCGUCCGUCAGCGUCCCCUACUGGGACUACAGCUACGACGCGUACUACUACAACGCGUCGAAGCAGACGUGCGGCGCCGACUGCAUCGGCGGCGACUGGACCGAGUCGAUCAUCUGGGACGACGACUGGUUCGGCCCCAUCCCCAACGCGUCGUCGAACUACGUCGUCGACGGCGGCGGGCGCUUCUCCUACCUGCCGGUGAUGACCGCGUCGCAGGGCGCGCGCGACUACUCGACGAUCACGAACUCCUACGGCAUGCUCCGGAGCCCCUGGAACCAGAACCCCGUGCCCUACCUCUCGCGGUCCCGCGCCAUUUUCGGGGUCGACGACACGACGUCCCUGCCGGACUGCAGCGCCUUCUACUGGGCCUUCAACGACACGACGACGAUCGGGAGGCUCUUCGAGCAGUUCAACGGCCAGCUCCACGGGCCCGUCCACAUCCUCACGGGCGGCAUCUGGGGCUUCGACGCCCAGUUCGAGACGUCGAUCCAGAAGUGGAUGGCCAACGCCGACGGCGCCAUCGCGAAGCAGUCGCUCCAGUCGAUCCUGUCGUCGAAGUGGCUCUGGCGCCAGGGCUACUUGCGGUGCCCCGACUCGUGCGCGGCCGACGCGACGGAGUCGUGCACCUGCUCCUGCCCCGAGGAGCUCCGGAGCCACUGGACCGUCGAGGAGUUCUGGAACGCGACGGGCCUCGACGCCGUCGCGGGCGCGGACCUCGCGUCGUGGCCGCGCGAGACGCUGUUGGACGCGAUCUGCCACGUGGGCCACGUCGGCGACUCCUGGACGUCGGCGGCGCCGCUGGAUCCCAUCUUCUGGGUGCUGCACGGGUUGAGCGAGCGCUUCGUGGGGUUCAAGCGGAUCCUCGCGCACGAGGGCUACACGCACCUGGACGAGACGUGGAAGUACCACCACUCCAUGGACGUGCCCUCGGACACGCACUACGUCUGCGACUGGUCCGGCGUCGGCGACUCCAUGGAGCUGCCCACGUGCACGCCGGGCACGUGCGCGGGCCACAAGGAGGACGACCUCCUGCCCUUUGGCGACUUCCUGGGCGUCGGAGACACGUACACGAACCGCCAGUUCUGGGACUUUAUUUCUCCGUACAACACGGAGCUUCCGUAUACCUACGACUCCUUCACGAACUGGCCCGCAUGCGACGCCAUGGGCCUCCACUUUAGCGACUUCGCCGACGGCUGGGGGCCGACCACGGCGCCCACGGCCGCGGCGACGCCCAUGCCCACCUGGCCCCACGCCGACGACGACGCGCCCGCGGCGAACUAA